AUGGCAACUUCUUCUAUCUUGUAUCGAAACAAUGAAGGCACCGUGUUCUUGAUCGAUAUUCCAACCUCCAUCGUCCUGGCGCAACAUCUUCCCUCUCCGUCUCAUCAGAAAACGAGCAGUCUAGAAACUGGGAGAGAGAGGCCUGCACCCCGAAAACAGCUCUAUUCAGUACCAGCCCUGGAAACGCCAUUUCCGUCUCCGCCGGAGCCGAAAAGUGAUGCCGCUCGAGCUCGUGUGUUGGCGAGGAUCCCAGUAUCAGAACGGCAAUUCCACGAAGGAAUCGUGUCUUUUGUGAGGCAAGGCCUGGAGCAAAUCCGAGACAGCUUUGAAGGAGUUUCUGCCGGAGCUGAGAAGCGGAUGUGGUGUCUCCCAAGGAAGGUGAUGCAGAGAGAACAGCCCGAAAAAACGAUAUUUUCCGCAGAAGAACCUGUUUCUGAUGAAGCGGAUUCUGAUCGUCCAACGAAGAAAUCAAGGACAAACACGACGAUGGGCAGCAAUGACGGCUGUCAUAUCACUCGACCCUUGCUCCAUCUCCCUCAUGAGCCGAAGACAGAGAUAUCUGGUGUCAAUCCUACAGAGUCAAGACCAGGACCACCACUGAUCCUGUCACCAAGCGUGAAUGAAUUCGAGAGCCUGUUAGAGCUCCGGAAUGUGGAGGUUCAGAAUCCCUCAGCGACUCCGACAGUAAUCCGGGCAUACUGCGGUACCGCCAGUCCUGCAGAAGAAUCAACCCAGCAGGAUUAUGCAGCAUUUAAUAUUCCGCCCGAGUCGUGUUUCGUGCUCUGUACUCUACGAAUGCAAAGCGCGCAGCCACGCAGCCAUUCCCCUAUUCCGGGGCUUCCUGGAAACAGGAAAUUCAACCUCAUUCUUCUCGACCCGCCGUGGCCGAAUCGGUCGGUCCGUCGCGCGGCGAAUUAUGCUACACAUGCAUACUCUGAUAUGGACGGACUCUCACGGAUGAUUAGAGACAUAAUACUCCAGCACCUUCACGACGGUCAUCAGGAUCAUCCGGAUGUUGAGCAUCAGAGAGGGGAGCAAGAUCUCGUGGCAAUAUGGGUUACGAACAAGGAAAAGUCGCGCAUUGCGGCCUACGACGCCAUACGGAGCGCCGGUCUCUCCGUCUGCGAGGAAUGGGUGUGGAUCAAGACGACGACGCAAGGCGAGCCCGUUACGCCGCUGGACGGCUUGUGGAGGAAGCCUUACGAGAUACUAGUCAUAGGCAAGCGGGGCGAAAAGGAUAACAAUAAUAGAGACGACAGUAGCCAUACAACAGGGGAUCUAUCACCCCAACGCAGACUGAUCGCCGGCGUCCCGGACGUCCACUCUCGCAAGCCGAACCUGAAGGAGCUCUUUGAGGCGGCUUUCUUCGAUUCCUCUUCUGCUCGAGGAAGAACUAGAUACUCUGCUCUCGAGGUCUUUGCGAGAAACCUCACUGCGGGAUGGUGUGCUUGUGGUGAUGAGGUCCUCAAAUUUAACCAUGACGAGUGGUGGUUUGAGGAGUGA